UAUCCACUUCCGCGGGAAAGAAACGGUUGGAUAAGGAGAAAAGACCGCAAAAGAUCCAGCGUUCGUCAAUGGCGGCUACUCUUCCUUCGACUCUCCUAUGCCAAGCUUCCCUUUCUCUCCCUGCUCAUAAUCCAUGUAAAGCUUUGAAUUCCUUUCCUAUCUUCUACGCUACAGAAGGUCGUGCUCUUGUUCGCUGCUCGGCCAAGAGGAAAAUAGGCUUCUUUGAUCAAAUUCUCGACUACAUUGAAGGCGGUCCCAAGUUGAGGAAAUGGUAUGGGGCACCUGAUUUGCUCCCAAAAGAUGGGUCUACUACAGAAGGGGAUGAUGAAUUUUCGGAGGAAGAGGAGGUAAGGGAUGCAGUUCUAGUAACGGAUGGAGAUAGUGACAUUGGUCAGAUCAUAAUACUGUCCCUGAUUGUCAAACGAGCUCGAGUUAAAGCAUUGGUGAAGGAUAAGCGGACUGCCAUGGAAGCCUUUGGAACUUAUGUUGAGUCAAUUUCUAGAGAUGCAAGUAGUAAGCUAUUCCUAAAGAAAGCUCUCAGAGGUGUUCGUACCAUUAUAUGCUCGAACGAAGGCUUCUUUUCUAGUGUUGGAAGCUUGAAAGGUGUAAAACAUGCAAUCUUCUUGUCCCAGUUGUCUGUUUAUAGAGGUAGCAGUGGCAUUCAAGCUCUCAUGAUAAACAACGCAAGAAAAUUGGCUGAGCAAGAUGAAUCAACACUUGCAAGCUCAGGAAUUCCUCACACCAUCAUCAGAGUUGGCAUGUUACAAAAUACUCCUGGUGGAACACUAGGUUUCAACUUUGAAAAGGGUUGCUCAGAGAGGGGAAGUCUUGCCAAAGAGGAUGCCGCAUUCAUUUGUGUGGAAGCUCUUGAUAUAGUCCCACAAGCACGAUUCGUCUUUGAGGUUGUCAACGGAGAAGAAAAGGUUUCAAAUUGGAAAGAGUGUUUAGCCAUGUUGAUGGAGAGAGCAGAGCAGUAACUUCCACGAUGUUUCCUGGGGAAGGGCACACAAUGUGUACCCUUAUUUAAAAUAUAUAUAUAUAUAUAUAUAUAUAUAUAUAUAUAUAUUAAUUUCUAUUUGUAACUUGUGAUGCUUUCAGUGAUUGGUUAUGCAAAAGAAAUAAACUGUACAAAUUUUUUAAUUAAUUUUUGAAAAGAAAAUUUUAAUUUUAAUUCAUUACUAAA